UAUUUCCCCCAAAAUUCACCUUUCCCGUUGACGAGCGUUAGAGCCUUUUAAUACUGCGAUCACGGAUCGCUGUCUCCUUCACACAUAUUAAUACGACUUCCGAUCACAUUCCCACUGUUCUCUUCAGAUCUCUCCUUUCAACUUCUUCUUCUUCACAGAUUGAAAAUGGCGGGAACUCAUCUCCAUGGAACUCUUCAUGCUACGAUCUAUGAGGUUGAUCAGAUUCAUGGCUAUGGUGGUGGAAAUAAUAUUUUUGGCAAGCUUAAGGCAAACCUAGAAGAAACUGUCGGUUUCGGAAAAGGAACUCCAAAAAUGUACGCAACAAUCGAUCUCGACAAAUGCAGGGUAGGCCGAACUAGACUCUUAGAAAACGACCCAGAAAACCCAAAAUGGAACGAAUCAUUCCACAUCUAUUGCGCUCACUUAGCUUCCGAUGUCAUAUUCACCGUUAAAGACGAUAAUCCCAUUGGCGCAACCUUAAUCGGCAGAGCUUACAUCCCCAUCGACGAUCUUCUAGCAGGCGAUGAAGUCGAUAGAUGGGUCGAAAUCCUAGACGAAGACAAAAAUCCCGUAGAAUCCGGUUCAAAAAUACACGUAAAGUUACAUUAUUUCGAUGUUACACAAGAUCGUAACUGGGCUCAUGGAAUCAAAAGUUCCAAAUAUCCUGGAGUCCCGUACACAUUCUUCACCCAAAGACACGGGUGUCGUGUUUCAUUGUACCAAGAUGCACACGUGCCAGAUAAUUUCAUUCCCAAAAUAGCCCUUUCGGGUGGGAAGUAUUACGAGCCGCAUAGAUGUUGGGAAGAUGUGUUUGACGCGAUCACUAACGCUAAACACUUCAUCUACAUAACCGGUUGGUCUGUUUACACUGAAAUCUCAUUGAUUCGAGAUUCACGUAGGCAAAAAAGCGGAGGUGAUGUUACACUUGGUGAGCUUUUGAAAAAGAAAUCAAGUGAAGGUGUUAAGGUUCUUAUGCUUGUUUGGGACGAUAGAACUUCUGUAGAUGUGUUGAAAAAAGAUGGAUUAAUGGCUACACAUGAUGAAGAUACCGAAAACUUUUUUCAAGAUUGUGAAGUACAUUGUAUAUUAUGCCCGCGAAACCCUGAUGAUGGUGGAAGUUUCAUUCAGGACCUCCAAAUUUCAACAAUGUUCACACACCACCAGAAAAUUAUAGUCGUGGAUUCCCCGUUGCCGAAUGGGGAUUCUGAUAGGCGUCGGGUGGUGAGUUUUGUCGGCGGUCUUGAUCUUUGUGACGGGCGAUACGAUUCCCCGUUUCAUUCGUUGUUCCGAACGUUAGACACGGCUCAUAAUGACGAUUUCCACCAGCCGAAUUACGCGGAGGCUUGUAUCACGAAAGGUGGGCCCCGCGAGCCGUGGCAUGAUAUCCACUCGAAGCUCGAAGGACCGAUCGCGUGGGAUGUUUUGUUUAAUUUUGAACAACGAUGGCGAAAACAAGGCGGGAAAAAUGUGUUGGUUAACUUUAGGGAACUUGAUGACAUCAUAAUCCCGCCAUCGCCGGUUAUGUUCCAUGAUGAUGAAGAAUCAUGGAACGUUCAGCUUUUCAGGUCGAUCGAUGGUGGGGCCGCUUUCGGGUUCCCCGAAACACCAGAAGAUGCGGCGAAAUCGGGUCUUGUGAGUGGUAAAGAUAACAUAAUUGACCGAAGUAUUCAGGACGCGUAUAUUCACGCCAUUCGUCGAGCGAAAAACUUUAUUUAUAUCGAAAACCAGUACUUUCUUGGAAGCUCGUUUGGCUGGCAAGCUGACGAUAUAAAGGUUGAAGAUGUCGGUGCGCUGCAUUUAAUUCCGAAAGAACUUUCGUUAAAGAUCGUUAGCAAGAUUAAGGCCGGAGAAAAGUUUACCGUUUAUGUUGUUGUACCGAUGUGGCCUGAAGGGAUCCCCGAAAGUGCGUCUGUUCAGGCGAUAUUAGACUGGCAAAGAAGGACUAUGGAAAUGAUGUAUAAAGAUAUUAUUCAGGCUCUAGAAGAACAAGGUGUUGAAGAUGAUCCGAGAGACUAUCUCACUUUCUUUUGCCUCGGGAAUCGUGAGGCGAAGAGGAGCGGGGAGUAUGAACCUGCAGAAACUCCUGAACCUGAAUCGAAUUACCAUAAGGCCCAAGAAGCCCGGCGCUUCAUGAUCUACGUGCAUGCCAAAAUGAUGAUAGUUGAUGAUGAAUACAUAAUUGUUGGAUCUGCCAACAUCAACCAGCGGUCAAUGGACGGCGCGCGAGAUUCCGAGAUAGCGAUGGGAGCUUACCAACCGCACCACAUUGCAACCAGGACACCAGCUAGGGGUCAAGUUCACGGGUUCCGUAUGGCUUUAUGGUAUGAACAUCUUGGCAUGCUUGAUGACAGCUUCCUGCAUCCCGAGAGCACUGAAUGCGUUAAGAAAGUGAACGAGAUAGCCGACAGAUACUGGGAUCUGUUUGCCAGUGAGAAUCUCGAGACUGAUCUGCCUGGUCACUUGCUUCGAUACCCUGUUGGUGUCAGUGGCGAAGGAGUUGUUACUGAACUGCCCGGAACGGAGUUUUUUCCUGAUACUAAUGCGCGUGUUCUUGGAACGAAGUCGGAUUACCUUCCUUCCAUUCUCACUACCUAAGAAGGUGUUUUACCUUUUUCUUCAAGGUUUGAAUAAACUUUUUAAUUUAUGGUUAGUAUUUGAUGUUGGUUGCUUGUAUUACUUGUAAUCAUAUGAACUAUAACUUUUUUUUCAUACUGUAUAUGAGCAGCCAUCUGUGUUUACUAGGUGUGCUAUCAUAUGCAAGAUUUGUGUACUAAUAAAUACUUGAUUUCGAAUUUAACUAGUUUUUACCA